UUCACGCUCUAAAGGCGUUGUUUUGUUUUUCGGAGAUUGUUCAUAAUAAUAUGACAACUGAGAGCUACGGAGAUUUUACAACACCAAACACUACGAUAACUAACGUGGUAGUCCAAGAAACAUCUGACUUGUUGAAUGUUAUCAUUCCAAUUGUUUCAGUUUGCCUUUUCCUAGCUUCUGUUGUAAUUACAUAUAUUAUUGAUGAUCCUGGUAUCAAAACUCUGAAAAAUAUUACACCUGAGGACGAUUUAAAGCCCAUAUCGGAAUCAGACAAGAAUCAUCUAAGGUAUCUUGCAGAACGAAAAUUGUACGUUGACACAAAGGGCCACACGUUUUCGGCGUUUACCCCGCAUGCUGCACCAGAAGCCACAGUGCAUGUUACACAUGACCAUGCAGAUAAUGCAGAGUGUGGAAGACGUCGAGCAUGUUCUGAGUCUCAUACUCCAAAUGUUGGUGAGAUCAACCCAGAAACACAGGUUGGACAUCCAUUUUAG